GCGAGCAGUGUGAAAUUCUCCGAACUUUUCUCCGGCCCCACGCCAAUACGCGAGCUUCGGUUAACUCGGUUGGUCAGGGGUUCGCGUCUGCCGUUUCAGCCUCAACCUUGCUUGAGGUCUGAACAGACCCUCUUCUCGAACUUCACUUCUUUCCACGAAACCCUUCAAUUCUCUUCCCGGGCCAGACGGGUAAUCGGACAUGCGGCAUUGGCCAUUUUGUUGGUCCCACUCUUCACAGCACGUUGCAAUGUCAGUAGGGGAUUGUACGUCUCUGGCCCUGGCGCCGGAGAUAUUAUAAGACCUGGCUUUCAUGCGACAACCUCGGCGUCCGUCAUGUCCACGGCAUUGUUGAAGCAAUAUAUUGGCAGGAUCCUUCUCUUGGUACCCGAGCGAUUGGUUUCUUUGUUUCUGCUGAAGGUGGAUCACUCGAAUCUCAAAGACGCCUUGUUUCUGCAUCAUUCCGAAUGCCUUCAACUAUUCCGGCCAGAGAUGGCCGCCUCUACGUGCUGGAGUUGGAUCUGAGCUCCUUCCCAAAUCAGAACGGCCGUAUCCUGACUUGCAAAACCGACGGUUCUGAUCUGAAAGAGUUAGUUACGGGUAUGAAACACCUUCCAGAUGGGAUCGCUAUCGACUCCGAGAAGGGACAUAUCUAUUGGACCAACAUGGGGGCCGCAACAAGCAAUCCUUGGGAUGGGUCGAUACAGCGUUGCGACUUGGACGGCAAGAACAUCACUACCAUCGUUCCCACCGGCAUUCUUCACACUCCUAAGCAACUCACGAUUGCUCGGCCUAAGGACGGUGCCCCAGCACUUUACUGGUGCGAUCGAGAGGGCAUGCGUGUAAUGCGCUGCGGUUUGGAUGGAUCGAACAUAGAGACUCUCAUUCAGACGGGAACGGUUCCAGAAAACCGAGGAGACCAGACUCGAUGGUGUGUCGGUAUCGCCGUGGACACUGAGUCUGGAGUGAUGUAUUGGACACAGAAAGGGUCAUCGAAAGGCAACGUGGGACGUGUGUUUCGCGCCCCUCUUGCUAUGCAAAAAGGUGAAAGCCCAGACGCGCGGACUGAUGUUGAGUUGCUCUUCGACAAACUCCCAGAACCCAUCGACCUCCAUAUCGACGUGGCAACCAAGGUCCUGUACUGGACCGACCGAGGGGAUCCUCCACAUGGCAACACGGUCAACUGCGCCAAGGUCGAAAAUGUAGAAAGUGCACAAGGGUUGAAGUAUAUGGAGAAGCGCAUCUUGACAAGAAAGUUGCACGAAGGUAUUGGAUUGGCUCUCGACGAGGAAAAUGGUCGCAUGUUCUUUACCGACCUCCUCGGUGGUAUCUACUCAGCCAAUAUGGACGGCUCUGAUAAAAAGGUCUUACAUGCCGACGUUGGAGAUUGCACAGGAAUUGCAUAUAGUACUUGAUAGAUUUGUCUGUUGGAAUUUGAACUCCGAUUUCGUCGAGAAUCGUAUGUCUCUGUGUUGCUGGCCAUUUGCAUGCCUCAACCUCGUCGUGGACUUUCAGUCUCAGCUCCAAGACCUUGUGGGUGAAACCAAAACACAGAUCAGG